AUGAACCACCUACGCUGGACUCGGGCCAUGAUCCCGCCGGGCCACCAUUUCCUUCCGAGCGACGGCGAGCUCAUCGAAUUCUACCUCCUUCAGUGGUCAAAGGGCCUCCCUCUUCCGGUCAACGACCUCAUACUUGAGGCCGACGUCUACGGGCCCCACGCUGACCCCCGCCUCAUUUUUCCCGACACCACCGACCCCCGCUGGGACUUCGUCUCCGAAAAACCCUUCCCAGACGGGACAAUUAUGGUCACGCGCGUGGCUUACGUGCUCACCAAGCUUUCAAAGAUCAACAGCGGCAAAACCCGCAUCGCGAGGCGGGCCGGGCCCGGCACUUGGAGCGGCCAGACGUCCCGGGAGAUACACGACGAACAACAGCUGCUAAUCGGCCACAUGAAGAUGUUCACGUACGAGCCUGAUUGUCGGGAAAGACGAAAAGCCGAUGAUCAUUGGAUCAUGCACGAGUACUCGUUGGCCGGGCCGUGUUUAGACAAUGAGCAGUUGAAGCACACUGAGUACGUGAUUUGUAAGAUCACUCGGGUAUCCAAGGAAACGAAGAAGAUUAAUCGCGUCUCGACAAAUCGAGAACAGGUCGAGAAAAGGGAAUUUAACGGUGUUUGCCACAAGAAGCAGAGGAUGAGUAGCGACGUGGAUGAGAAUAAUACGGCAGCUAUUGUUAAUUUGCCGUUUGACGAUGCUGCGGUGAUGGAGAAGUUGCUGGCGGAUAUGCCUGAGUUGAGUCCCGAUUCGAUCGCGUUGACUGAGGAGGACUUUUGCAUAUUGGACAACUUCGUUUGGGCAUAG